CUUCACUACAACUCCAUCAAGUGUCCAGUCAACCAUUAGCCAGAAAACCAACUCCUUCUUCUACCUUUAUCGGCAUACCACGAACCUGGCCUGGAUCAUUCGAUAUUACAGGUGCUUUUUGAUUCCCUGAAAGUACCAUGUGUUGGAUUACUUUACUGCCGAAGCGCAAGCAAGUCCCCAAGGGCGGGCUCCACCACCAUGAUGAUCCGAAUCGUCACAGCCACAGAAAUUAUAUUCUUCUGAAUGAGAGAGGCACAUCUCAUAUAAGACAUAUUCGUGGAAUUGAACGCUCCCUUGUUCCAAGCUUAUGUGCUCACGAGCACGAACAAUACGACGAUCGGAAAUUCGAUAAAACGGAACCACUCUCGCGCCACAACUUUCAACCUCACCUCUUAGCUCACUCUCGUCGUGUACACAACGGAAAGUUGCAUGGCAGUGGUAAAAAGCGAGCCCGAAAUUUUGAUCAACAGGAAAUCCGUACUUCCUCACUUCAAAGGGCAAGGGAUUCCUUCCAGCCUGUUAGCACCGGGUUUCAGCCACGGCCUAUUUAUGCGCCCAUAACACCGCUGCAGACACCUGCAAUCAUGGCACCAUCAUCCGAACGGGUCCGCCAGGUAACGCGUGCAGCCCUCCAGGAACAAAGGUCAGGAAGAGUCAGGAACUUACGAAGGGUGGCUGGUUACGAUAUCUUGAGUAGCGAUGUGCCGUGGGACUGGAAUUGUGUAAUCAGUACCGAUGCGACUGUUCCAGCAAAAUCUAGUGAUCGAUUUCCGGGAAAACCGACCAAGAAAGAGCUCGGCUAUCCGCCAUUCGGGCAUAUGAGCUCAUGGAUGUAGCGGCAGAUAAGAAUAGGACCAACAUCGAUGGUGAGGGUGCAGCUAUACCAAUGGGCCUUUGAUAUAUAUGAUACUAUCGCUAUCACUGCACGAGCGCAUGUCGACGAACGUAAGGCGAAAGUUCAAUGUCAUGCACUGACGAUGCAUUUGAUUUAGAGAUUCGGU